AUGUCAAUAAAGUCUGUUGAACUCGUGUGCAAAUGUCAAACUCCCGCGAACCCCGACAAGACCCUGAUAGGAUGCACGAGUUCGGAGUGCGGGAAGUGGAUGCAUCACGAAUGUAUGGCUCACGACAUUCUCAUGCAAGUUUACGAAAGACUAGGAACAGAUAUGCCCUAUCGAACCGAGAGAUCGAUUGUCAAGGAAGAGAAGCCCGAAGAAGCGACCCGUCCUCUGCCGCCCAGUGACGCUGAGGAGAAAGAGACCCAGCCGACGAUCGAUGUCCGUCCCGGCGAAACGAACGAUAACGUACACGUGAAGAAACACGUGAUAAAGGCUGUUUGCGAAACCCCUCGUGAGACAGAAACCCCAACAACUGGACCAACGCCAUCCAGAUCUUUCGCCACCGCAUCAGUCAAAGGAUCAGCCAAAGGAUCAGCCAAGAAGGGUCGCAAGAUGAAGACCGCCGACUCCAAGCCAUAUCUGGGGCUUUUCGAGGCCACUCUCAAGAUGCAAGACGGCCCCACAGCGUGGGAGAUUCGUGACCUGCGUGAAAAUGUAAAAGGUGGCAAUAAGACCUGGACUGAGAAGGCUCACUGUCUGCUAUGUGGUUCCAGUAUUGACUGA